GAAUUUCUCUUACCCAACAUCCAGGCUUUUUUGCUCACCACCAGGCCUUUCGUCUGGCUCUAGGCAUUGCCUAGCUCUGUUAUCUCCAAAGUUUGACACAUCCUGACACAUAAAAAGAAAUUUUCUUGUCAUGGCGUCGGAUCGAAAUAAAACGACCCAUUGUUCACCGCAAAGGGAGGGUUUGAGUCCUUUCUGUGCAGCGAAACGUUCACACGCCUUCCACUCCCCCACUUAGCUGCAGAGCCAUCUGAUCCCUACAACUCCAUCGUCAGUCACGAAUACUCUUACGACAUACUACGAAACCUAGUUUUACAGUCCGAAGCGCACUCGUUCAACGUCAAUCUUGUUGUCCUGCCAGCCUGCCACAAUGGCAGAACACGAGAUGCGUGAGCUAAGCGGCGAGAAGAAACUUCCCCAAGAAGAAGUGACCGGAUCAUCAUCGUCAAGCGAUGUCGAGCAGCAAAAGAGCCCGGCCUUGCCGGAGCUGCAGAGAAAGCUGAAGAGUCGCCAUUUACAAAUGAUUGCAAUCGGAGGGACAAUUGGAACAGGUCUCUUCAUUGGUAGCGGUGCUGCGUUGCAGAAAUCUGGCCCUGUCGGCGCUCUUAUUGCUUACAUCUUCGUUGGAACCCUUGUCUACUCGGUCAUGACGUCUUUGGGAGAGAUGGCCACGUCAAUUCCUAUUGCUGGAGCAUUCACCUCGUAUGCUUCGCGUUUCGUCGACCCCAGUCUCGGUUUUGGUAUGGGAUGGAUCUACUGGUUCUCGUGGGCAAUCACAUACGCGCUGGAGCUCACUGCUUCUGGUUUGAUCAUCCAAUACUGGGAUAGCUCACUCAGUAUUGGUAUCUUCAUUGCCAUUUUCUGGGUCGUCAUCACCACUGUCAAUUUCUUGCCCGUCAGCUUCUAUGGCGAGAUCGAAUUUUGGUUCUCGAUGAUCAAAGUUAUCACCGUCGUCGGCUUCCUCAUCUUUGCAAUCUGUAUCGACGCGGGAGCCGGCAAGCAGGGCUACCUUGGCUUCCACUACUGGGUGCACCCGGGCGCUUUCGCUCCCUAUCUGCUUAAAUCGAAAGGUGGGGUGGCCAAGUUUGUUGGCUUUUGGUCUGUCCUUAUCCAAGCUGGCUUUUCUUACCAAGGAACGGAGCUUGUUGGUAUUGCCGCUGGCGAGUGCGAGAACCCCCGAAAGACUGUUCCCUCGGCCAUCCGGAAGACCUUUUACCGAAUCUUAUUCUUCUUCGUCUUCACGAUAUUCUUCAUCGGCUUGCUUAUUCCCUACGACAACGAGUCGCUUCUCAAUUCGUCUAGUGGAUCCGAUGCUUCGGCCUCGCCCUUUGUCAUUGCUGCGAGACUUGCAGGCGUUAAAGUGCUUCCCGGUCUGAUCAAUGCCGUACUGCUGGCAGUGGUCCUCUCUGCUGCAAACUCCAACGUCUAUUCGGGCAGUCGAAUCGUCGUUGGUCUGGCAACGGAUGGUUUCGCGCCCAAGUUUUUCAAGAAGACCACAAAGCAUGGUGUUCCCUAUUACGCCGUUGCCUUCACGGCAGCCUUUGGCCUUCUCGCCUUCUUGAAUCUAUCCAACAACGGUGGCACCGUGUUUAACUGGCUCUUGAACAUUGCAGGAGUUGCUGGAUUUAUCAGUUGGGCAUGCAUCAACGGCUGUCACCUCGCCUUUAUGCGGGCUCUCCGUGCUCAAAACAUUUCACGCGAAAAUCUUCCUUACAAGGCCAUGUGGCAACCUUUCUUUGCCUGGUAUGGUCUCGGCUUCAACGUGCUGAUCAUCCUUACCCAAGGCUUCACAGCCUUCAUUGAUUGGAGCACCAGCGACUUUUUCGCGGCUUACAUUAGUCUCCUUCUUUUCGUGGUCCUCUACUUUGGACACAAGAUUGUCUUCCGUACCAGACUCGUCAAUCCGGCAGAAGCCGACAUCGACACCGGACGCAAGGAAGCAGACACCGAGAUUUGGGAGACUACGGUCCCGACUACACUUUGGGGCAAGUUCUGGGAGCGCCUUGGAUAAAGGGAUCGAAUAAUUAUUCAUCGCAUGCAUUUGCAAUUCUUUCUUCAUUUGCCCUUUUUCCUUUAAAAGUCUCCCCGAUUUCUGGAACUUAUAUUUUGGUUGAGAUGUAUAUUUUUUAUUAUUCAUAGACGCAUUACGCAUGAGCGGGGCAUUGCUUUUUUUUUUUUUUUUUUUUUUUUUUUUUUUUA